CGGGGCCGCUCUACCCGCCGACUCUAUGGGCGGAAGGGGGCGGGGCUGGGUGUGUUGUGGUGUUGCCGUUGCUGUGAGAGGCCCCGGGACCGGAGAGAGAUGAUGUGAGCUGCUACGUUAGUCUUCUAACAUCUUGCCCUGAAUACUCAUGAGGAAGGACAGAUCUCUCCUGUGUUCUGAAUGUACCAGAUUGUCCUCAUGAGUGCUCCAGUGGAGAAUGUCCAUGAUCUUCUUUGCCUGCGUGGUGCGGGUGAGGGACGGGCUUCCCCUCUCAGCCUCCACAGAUUUUCAUUUCAACCAGGAUUUUCUGGAAUGCAGGAAAAGAUUAAAGGCGUUAUCCUCGAUUCUGGCGCAGUAUCCGAGUCGAGGCACAGCGAAAGGACGUGACCUUAGCAUACAUUUCCUUUCUUCUGGGGAUAUUGCCUGCAUGGCAAUCUGUUCCAGCAAUUACUCAACCGUCAUGGCGUUUUGCUUCCUGGAAGAGCUUCAGUGGGAAUUUGCUGCUUCUUAUGAUACAACGAGCAUCAGUUUAGCUUCCAGACCAUAUGCUUUUCUUGAAUUUGAUAACGUCAUUCAGAAAGUCAAAUGCCAUUUUAACUCGGUGAGUCUCUCCCAAGCCAAGGCCAAGUGGGCGAAGGUUGAGGAGGAGCUGAAGUUCUGGCCCCCGGUUCAGCUGCGACUCGAGGACGCGGCGCUGCCCAACGGGGUGACCAACGGGGGGCACGCGGGCGCUCAUGUGGAGGUUGUCCCUACUUACAGAAUGCAGCGAGUGACCCCCCUGGGGAUUCUGUCCCUUGUUCUGAACAUCAUGUGUGGAGCUUUGAAUCUCAUCCGAGGAGUUCACCUGGCAGAAUAUUCAUUUCAGGAGGACCAUGAAGGAAUUGGAAACGUGAUAGCUUUUUUGCUGCCUUUUCUCGCCUGUGUUUUUCAGUUAGUACCUGAAGCCAGAGAAGCUCUAAGAAAUAAAGAAGAGUUCUCUCUUAUCCUUUUGAUCUAUACCAGUCAUCCUCCAAACUCCUUGUGCACAAAUUGAGCGCAAACGUGAAGUGCUUUCUACAUGAUGAUCUCUCCUUGUGUCGUCAGCACAGUUGGAAACUUGUGACCUGUAGUGAGAAAGCAGGAUCUGUUACUGCCCGAGUUAAAAAAACAACCCACUCGGCACUUUGUGAGUUUUCAGUUUCCUCCUGUUGCUCUUCACACAUCUCAGCAAGUGCGUUCCACCUGUUUUUGAAUGUAAAAAGGGCCCAGAACCCCAACUAAAGCUGCUGAGGUCUAGAGAAUUAAGUCCUUUACUUAUCUCAAGAACAAAUACAGCAGGAACAGAUUUGGCUUUGCUGUUUUCCUGCUCCUGAGGUUUUGUCUUGCAAUAAUCAUGGGUGGUUUUCAAAAGGUGGCUCCGCUUUCCGCCUCCUUUUAAUCCAGGUGGGAGCGGCGCCAAUUGUCUCUUCUCUAUAAUUACAUAUUUUAAUGCUAACGCUCUCUCUGGUCCUUUCCUAGUGUUACUUGUACCUCUUCUACAGCUCGGCGAGGAAGGUGAAGACGUUUGUACUCUUAUUUUCUGUUUGUUUAUGCAACAUUUACUUGUAUGGAUUACGGAACCUCUGGCAAAUAGCCUUUCACAUAGGAGUGGCAUCGCUUUCUUCUUAUCAGAUCCUGACAAGGCAACUGAUGGAGAAACAGCCCGACUGCGGAGUUUGAAAGAGACUUGGGGUUUGCUACUCUGUUUUUACAACCUUUUUUGUAUUAAACUGGCCAAAAAUAGCUCAGAGCAUUUGUCAAGAUUUGUGACAACGGAUGGUAUUUCCAAAGCAACUUGAAAUGAAGUAGGAUACUGUAAACAUGCCAAACACACGGUGAGGAAUGUCGCUGUGUUUAAGAUGUGGUAAUUGUAGGUCUUGUCAAGUGUCAUCAACAGGUGGAGGUUCCCAUAAACAGCUGAUACCAUCUCGACUGCAUUUUGCUGUUUAUCUUCCUGGCUUCGUAAUAUUUGCCCUGGCAACGCUUCCAAAAAUAUUAGAGUUGUGUAGUAAAAUGAAGAUAAAGUGGUAACAGUUUCAUCUAUAGAAUUUCGUUAAGAUUCUUGCUAAACGUAAGUAAAGGAGUUGUUCGCCGUGUUUAAAUGAGUUCAGUAUCAGUGGGAGAAAUGGUGAGGAUGAGCUUCAGGGUAAUGUUUGUAGGUUUUGCAAGAAAGGAAGAAGCUGUGGCUCUCUUAAAAACCAUAAAAUCUAUAAAUAUCUCCUGGCUAAACAGCGCAUCGUAGUUAAGUACGUGCUCAUUGGUUGACCGCAAACAUGCUUGGGGCAGCAUAGAAGAAACCAAGUGAAUAUAAGUGAACUUUCAGCUCAAGUGGCCUUUAUUUCCUUAGUUAAGGUCGCUCUUAAUGUAAGAGUAAUUCCAUGUUUGCUUGGUCUGUACAGGUAAUAAAUCUUCCAGGCCUGCUUAUGACAGGGCACUGACUCCUUCACCUUUUAUAGAAAACGUACAGCUGGUGAGCAGAAAAGCUGUUUCCAGUGACGGAAAGCAAGAGCAGGUCCUCUUUAUUAUACAAAACACCUUUAGUUAAUGGCGUUCUUACACUAAGGUGAAUUCAUGAGCGCGCACUUUUGAAUGUCGUGCUUCAGAGCUGAAAUUCUUAACCUCUGCUGCACUGGGUGUUGUCGUCUUUAAAGUAUUGAGGUGCAUAUGGGCAUUUUAGGACACGUAUGGAUAAUUUAGGCUGUUUUUUAAAACAAUAAUGCAUAGCAUUUUGUUGCAGCUGCCCUUGAAGGGUUGUAGAGACUCAAGAUGCAGAGAACUGUAGGUGUGUUAAUGUGGAAAUAUGAUCCUAGAUUUCAUUUUUUCAUAGGAAACUCUUUUGUUCUGGUCAUGCCAUUUCUUCCACCAAAGAUUGAUUUCCCUCCUGUGUAGUCGUUAGUGGUUGCAAAGAGAUUAACGUGAUGCAGAGUUAUUUUCCUGAAAUCUCAUGAUGUGAACUACAAGACACAUGGAAGCGAUUCUGUGACACAACAACCGCAACAACAGCAUCGAGAGGCAGCCCCGCACAACCUGAACAGUUUCUAGGACAUCAAAAGAUACCAGAGCGUUUUGCAGUAGUAAAAUGUAGGUGUUUCUUUUCCAUCCCGUAUUAGGUUACUUAUGGUAACAGUAACAUAAUGAAAUCCCCUGAGGAAUAGUCGAAAUAGGAUGGAGGAAUAUUUUAGCCAGCCAGUUAAGGAAUCAGCUUAGAGCUGCGUGCCAUAGGGAAAUACUCUUCUGUUAUAAAGGAGUGGAUUAAAGUUGUUUUUCUGUCGUUACCGCAGUUUUCUGCCACACUGUAAGUGCAGAAAUGAGGCCAAAAUUCAACCAUCGUCCUUAAGACACCCAGAUGACCCCACAUGUGGGGUUUUGGUCCUGACAAGCUUUAUGUUUUCGUGCUGCUCGCUCCCCGUUUUACUUGGUAGGUACUCUUAGAAAAUGCGGGGAGCUAAGCCGCGAGUUUGGAUCACGAGUGUAACAACAACAACCAACAUCUGAAAAAGGGACACCCCCAAAAAUCUGAUACUAGAAGCUUCACACUUGGUUAAGGAUACCAGAUCUGAGGACUGAUUGUGUUUCCCAGGAGGAUAAGCUGGGUAUCAACCUGCUACUGUGGGGAAUCACCUUGUGUGGAAUGCAUGAAGCAUUUUAUACCACAUUUAAACAAAAAUUUGUAAAAGGGACCUUAGUGGUUUGACUUGAUCUCCUGUUCCUGCCCUUUUACCCUCAAUGUGGGGAAAGAAUUCCUGAGAGCUUUACUGUUUCUCCAUAGGCUUGGACAAAGCCAAGCUGCUAUAGCUUAAAGCACAUAGAGAAUGUACAGCUGGGGCGGUGAAUCGCUAUCUGCUUAAAUUCCUCAUCCUUGUAUUGAACUGAUUGGAAACCACUGUAAUUCCUGAUGCUGAUGGUGUGAACCAUAUAUUAGGGAAUCUACGUGGAUUAAUACACAUGCGUUACUACCUUUGUAGGUUUGAAUUGUGAUUGCAGGAGGAGGCAGAGCACACGUGGUUCGACCUAUUUUUAUUUCUUACUUUUAAUAUUAGUAUUUCGAACGGCUCCUAUGUCUGUGUGGGAUUUAGACAGUUAAACAUUUUCUCCUGGUGAAACAGCAAGAGGCAUAGAAUAGUUCACAUUGAUUUCAGUGCUUUAAGAUUUAAUAAAAAAGAAUGACUUGCAGUUUGAAUACAUGAAAUCUGACUCAUAAGGCGGGAUUACGCCUGUAUUGAAUCAAAUCCCCAAACAGGAAUCCAUCCCUUUUUGUUUGACUUGAAACUGUUUAAUGUCAUUUGAAUUGCAUCUCCUUAAUUCUUUCACUUUGCAGAAUAAGUCUUUUGGCAACUCUUCUCCUCCCCAGCAGCUCAGCAAGAGAAAAUGGGCAAAGAAUAAACCGCAUUAGUUUAACGACUCGCGGUGCUUCGUCACUUUAUGAAGCUGAUUGGUUUAUGUGCAUUGUUUAUUUUUUGUCUGUCUCCCAAAGACCUGUUAAGUUUGUAGAAGGUGGGCUGGUACCUUUUUAGACAUUUUUGCACUGUAUUAAUAAUUGAACCUGUGUAAAUGAGUAUAAAAUCAUUUUGCAUGUAUAUGUAUAUAUGUACAUAUAUCUAAUAAACGGCUUUUUUUGGUAA